AUGAAGCACUUCUCCAGAGAGUCCUGGGCAGCCUUCACUGUGCUCUUCUUCACCAUCAUGCUCUGGUAUUCCUGCUCAGCAGCAGCUAAAGAAGCCUCCAAUGUUUCAACAAGCAACAUGCUCACAACUGGGUAUGAAGCACCAUGUCUUAACGUGAACUUCUGCAUGCAAGCGGCCAUGUGCUGCCCAACGGGCAUGGACGAUUAUGGAUGGAUUGCAGCAGCCGUUGGCUAAACUCUCAUCCUGCUCUGCGUGGACAAGGUCACAAAACUCCGGCCUGACGAACCCAAAUACUUGGUGGCCUGA